UUCUGCAGGUCUCUUCCCCAGGUCGUAGACUUGCAGUCAAGGCCUCUUCCACUCAGCGCCUGCAGCCAGGGCUCAGCCACAGCCGAGAGCCUUCCCUCCCUCCGGCCAGCACUUCCCUCUUCCAUCCUCACGUGAGAUCCUGACUCAAGGACUGGUCGCAGCCGAGCCAAAGCCCAGGGGUAUGUCGUCCCUCCCUGAAACCUUCAUCCCAUUCCCUCCGAAUACCCUCUGUCCCUCCCCACCAGCCAGUCCAACCCCUCCCAUUCUCUACUUUCCAUCGUUACCCUCCCCUCCACCACGUCUUUCUGCCUAGUUCCCUCCUCUCCUCCCAUUUUCUGGUUCUCUGCCCUCAGAUUUCUUUUUCCUCUUGCUGAACCUCUGGUCAUCCUCUUCCCCAUCAUUCUACCUCUUCCCCUAGUUUCCUUUCCAAAUUUCCUUUUGGAAAGGCUCUGGUGAGUUUAAGGAGUGAUAUAUCUUGUAUCUCUGAUGCAUAGGGAAAAGUGGGCAGUGGGGAAAGUUAACACUGGAAUCCUCAGGCUGUGUUGCAAAUGAUGACAGGCCUCAAACGCCAGGCCGAGAUAUUUGGACUUAAUCCUUUAGGUUGAGUCACCUAAUGUUUUUAGGCAGAGGAAUAAAAGUGUCAAGUUUGCAUUUUAGAAAGAUCUUAGUUGGGUCGUUCUUUUUUUGGACAUCCUUUCAGGAUAAAUUAGGCACACCCCCUCCCUACAGCAUCCUGAGUUUACCCCAACACAAUACCAACCCAUUCACAUUGUCAUUGUUUAACCUGUCUCUCUCCCAGAUUUUCAACUGAGUCCAGUGCUUAGUGCCGUGCCUAAGUAAAAGUGUAAGUUACAAAAAUGAAUGGAUGAGUGGAUUUGUAUGUGGGAAAUGGGGGGAUAUUACACAGUCCAGGCAGAAAAUGAUGAAAGGACGUGAACAAAAUUGGGAACAAGGGAGAGGAUAGAAUGGAUUCUGGGAAUAUUUAGGAGAUAAGAAUUACAGUUCUUAUUACCUACUUGAAGAUGAGGGCUGAAGAAAAAGGAGGAGGCUAGAAUAAUUCCCAGAGUUCAGUUUUGAUGCCUUCUGGGACAUCCAGUUAGAGAUGUCUAGCAGACAGCUGGAUGUGAGCAAAAAGUUCAGGGGUCUAAAAAGGUCUGGGCUGGAAGUAUGGAUUUAGGAGUCAUCAGCACACAGCUGGAAGUAGCUGAAUCCUUGAACAUGAAUGACAUCAUCAGGGGAGGGUGGUAUGUGGUCCCUAGACAAACCCAGAUUGCGGGCAGGGCCGUGCAUUAUGCAUCAUGGCAUCCUCCUGCAUGCUCUGGAGCCAACACCCAAGUAACUCUUCCCCACUUUGACUUGGUAGUCCCGGUCCCUGGAGCUCCACAGCCUGACCUCCAAGCUCCUAAGAUAUGGACUGGCCAAGUUGCUAUGUUCAGGCUCCCCCCUGGUCUCCUGCUACCAUCUACUGAUGGAAUUCUGACUGCUUCAGCCUUUCCAUCUUUAAGUUCCAGCUCUCUCACAAACCAUAGCAGCAUGCCACAUGGACUCUAGCAUACGGGUGACCCACCUGGCAUCAUACUCUGAGAUCCAGAGCUUAUCUUUCUUCCCUCUUGUCUCUCAGGUGCAAAGAGCACUUUAUCCUAAUUCCACAACCCAUUGUGAACCCUGGACUCAGACUCUCCAACUUCAACAUAAUAAAGUCUGUACCCUAUUCUACCACUAGAUGGAGGCAGACGAGGUUACAGAAGAGCCUCAUACCACCAUGGAUACAGAGGAACACCCCUCUUCAAAGAACUCCUCUACUGAGGACUCGCAGGAGCCCCCUAUCUCUGAAGAUCCUUUGGCGCCUUCCAUCUCUGAGGCCCCUUUAGAACCCCAUAUCUCCAAGUCCCCUUUGGUGCCACUCACUUCAAAGACCCCUUUAGGGACCCAUACUUCUGAGACCCUUUCAGAGGCCCACGCCUCUGAAGCCUCUUUAGAACAUUCCAUCUCUGAGACCUCUCCAAAAACCCCCAUUUAUGAGGCCCCAGUGGAGUCUCAUAUCUCUAAAGGCCCAGAGAGAGACCUUUCUUCUAAUCCCUUAUCAGAAGACCAUGUCUCUGCAUCUUCCUCUGAAGGUGAUGCCCUGAGGGAAGACCUCUACUCUGAGUCCUCAUUUAAUGAGGUCCCAAGGGCAAGGAAGUCCACCCUGGAGGCUCCUGAACCUGAGAUCCUUAAAAAGCACUCCCUUUCAGGCCAUUCAGCGCAGGCUUACAAGGACACAUCUGCAGGGCAGAAGGAAGAAGCAGAAGAGGACAAGGAAAGGGUGGUUGCCAAUGACAACACCGCUCACACACCCCAACCUGGACACCAGCCGGGCAAGAAGAGGAAGAAAGCAGCUAGCCGUAAUUGCUCCUGCCCUUUCUCCUGUUAUCAUUGCCCUUCUCAUGCCCUAGAAGAAGGGUUAUUCUUUUACAAAGCCCCUUCCCUUAGUUUUAGGGCCUCCACAUUUCCCCCUGAUUAUUCAGUCCCUCCCUCCCCAGGUUACACUGUCCGCCCAGUAGUGCCCGCUAAGCAGGCAGAGCUGGUGGAAGUGCCUAAGGCGAAGCACAGAGAACAGUUUGGUGCUCAGGUGAAUCAUCUUUUCCAAUGGGAGAAGCAUGCAGCCCUGAGCGCCAUCCAGACAGGUCUCUACAUUGGCUGGCGCUGCCCCCAUUACCUCUGGGACUGUUUCCGGAUUGGGGAUGAGUCCAAGUGCUUUUGUGGACACUUGUUGAAGGAGCACCAGAUCAUCUCAGAUAUAUCCGUGCCCUGUGGUGUGGGUCAGUGCCGCUGCCUCAUGUUCUGCUUUAUCCCAUCACGUCCAGAGGAGGUGGGUGAGUUCUGGCUCACUAGACGGGCCACCUUCGACCCCAAGGCCUGGAGGGCCCAAUGUCGCUGCAAACACAGCCAUGAAGAUCACACAGCCACUGGGUCCCAUCCCUGCAGGCACUAUGGCUGUUGCUGCAGCUGCUUUGAGUCUAAUUUCCUGUGUGCGGCCUGUGACCGGCGCUGGGAAGAACAUGAGACUUUCUUUGAGACUAAGGAGACACGGAGACGAGGAGGGCGGCCUCACGGUGAGGGGCAACCUGGGACAGGGGACCAUUCCAAGGCCUGUAGUCAGGCAGACAAAAAGCAUUCUCACCCUCAACCAUCCCCUCCAGAAUUACCUCACACACACCUGUUUCCCCAUACCCCAUUUCUGCACUGGUUUCCACCCCCAGGAGCAGACUAUGUGCCAUUUGCAGAGAUGCCCGCCCUUCGAGAAGUCAUCUUCCACAACUCUGACUUCAAGGCCCUAGAGACACAGGGGCCUUCUGUCCAUUCCAGCUCCCACCCCGGGUCCCCUGGGCUCCCUGGCCCACAUAGCCCCCAGCCUGACCCCACAUCUGACCCCCCUACCUGACCCUUUCACCUCUGCUCUUCCCUCCUCCAGGGACAGAUACUGUCAACACCUGGAGCAGGCCUUUGUGAGCCUGGUUCAGGUCAGCAAUAAAGGGGAAGCCACUGGAAUCUGACCUGGCUUUGUAUGGGGCAGGUAGAGUCCAGCCCAGGGACAGACACCCU